AUGGCCGCUAUUUAUCCCAGCGUCAGUGGUAUCUCAUCAAUGCAGUUAAAUGCAUUAAGUGUAAAAAAGGAGGACUGCAUUAGUUGGUGUCAGGAACACGGAAUGUUGGCACAAUUUCGGAUAUUGCAACACUCCAUAGUUGAUUGGUUCAAUUUUUUGCGAGAGUUGUGCUCUUCAUGGAUGGCCGCUCAACGUAUGCAAAUCGGGGGUCCUGGUGACAUAGUCCAGAUUGACGAAAGUACAACAAAAUGGCCUGAUGAAUGGAGAGCGUUCAAUGCCAUUGGUAAUAUUAGCUAUCAAUAUGACACCGUCAACCAUUCAAGGAAGUUUAAGGCUCCCAGCAGUGUACACACAAAUAAGGUGGAAAAUCUUUGGAGGUGCGCCAAAGACAAGUUCAAAGGAUUGAAAGAAACAUGUGAUAACCACUUGUCCUCCUAUUUGGAUGAAUUUAUGUGGCAUAGGAGCAUUGCCAGAAAGAAAGAUAAGUUUGAAAGGACGCUCACUCUAAUGAAGACAUUUUUGUCCCAACAAAGAAAUAAUUUUACAACCUGCAUCGUAUUUUCAGGGGACGAAAAAAAUAUAAACAAAUAUCCACUAUAA